UAUUCGAUUAACGAGUGGACUAAGUUUAAAAGAGUGUGGUUCCGUUUCUGGAAUCCAGCUACUCGAUCAAUAUCAGAAAAAUUAGGGUAUUUUUCUUAUUUUGAUAAUAAUGAAAGGAAAUCUGUUAAGUUUGUGUUCGGUUAUGAUAAUUCAGCUGAUACUUAUAAGGUAGUGAUGUUGCGGUCGGGUUGUGAGAGUGAUCCUGAAUCAAAAGUCAGUGUGAAAACGUUUUGUUUGGGUGAUAAUGGUUGGAGAAACAUUCAGAGUUUUCCUGUGGUUCCGCUUCAAUUGGUUUUUGAUCCGAGGGAGAAUGAUGGUGUUCCGAGGGAGAAUGAUGGUGUUUAUCUGAGUGGCAGUAUUAAUUGGUUAGCCUAUCGUGAUGAGGAUAACCUUAGGAAGGAUAAUCCGGUUGAGAAAUAUGUGAUUGUUUCUCUUGAUCUUGGUAAGGAGACAAACAGGCAGUUUUUGCUCCCGGAAGGUUUUGAGAAGGAGUCAUAUGUAGGGCCAAGUGUUUGUGUGUUGAAAGACUCGCUUUGUUUAUGUCAUGAUUUGGAUUUGACGGAUUUUGUUAUAUGGCAGAUGACGGGAUUUGGAGAUGAGAAGUCUUGGACUCAGUUUCUUAAAUUUAGUUAUCACAGUGUUCGAAUGAAUUAUGAAUUUGGACAUCCGCAUUUAAAAUUGAUGCCUUUGCAUCUAUCUGAGAAUGGUGAUACCGUGGUAUUAGCGAACAACCGACAACACCGAGUAAUUCUCUAUAACAUGAGAAAUAACAGAGCAAGGAAAACUAUACUUAAUACUAAGAUAUGUUGGCCCUCCCUCAAAGAUUAUGUUGAAAGCUUGGUUUCAACUUCUUGAAAAUAAGUUCCUAUCUAAUGAUUUCUACACUUGUGUGAAUUUAUGUUACUUUAUGUACUUGGUAUCGAAUUUGUUUCAAUUGUGUGAUCAUUUGAUUUACCUCAAAAUUGUCAUAAAUAUGUUGAAUCAAUGGAUUUAUCCUAUUACCAUGUCUAGAAGUU